UUUGAGCGACCACACAGCCAGAGUUUGUGUUGUUUCCUAAAUUUUGUGAGAUUUUAUCGUGAAAGAUCCGAAAGCCUGAGCAGAAUCUGUGAUACCAGUACAGCAGCACACCCCGCGUCAAAGACUUUGCCACACACCGACCACCAGCGGACAUUUCGAGAGCAAAAAUGACCAACAAGUACGAUGCGCUGAAACCCUACGGCAGCGAUAGCGAUGACAGCGGCGACGAGGGCACCGACUUUGACGUGGACAAACUGGAACCGCUGGAGGUGGGCCCCGGGGAGCACAAGCUACAGUACACGUACUGUCUUUGGUUUGGGAAGAAGGGUUCACAUCGGGCGGCGGAAUACCAGAAAUCACUCCACUUUGUGGGUCGUUGUGCCAGCGUCGAGCAGUGGUGGACGCUUUACUGCCAUCUCAUAAAGCCUACGGUGUUGAAACCGUUCCGAAAGUUGCAUCUAUUCAAGAGUGGCAUAAAGCCCAUGUGGGAGGACCCCGGCAAUGUGCGCGGUGGCAAGUGGGUCAUCCGGUUGAAAAAGAACAAAAUCGACCGCGCGUGGGAGAAUGUCUGCAUGGCGAUGCUGGGCGAGCAGUUCCUGGUGGGGCCGGAAAUCUGCGGCGUCGUCCUGUCCACGCAGUUCCCCGAGGAUCUGCUGUCCAUCUGGAACCGGACGGCGACGGACACGACCAGCACGAACCGCAUCCGGGACACGUUACGAAGAAUCCUGAACCUACCUCCGUCGACGCACAUGGAAUACAAACCGCACUGCGAUAGUCUUAAGUACCUCUGAAGGCCGCCUCCGCCACCGUCGCCGUCGUCGUCGUCUCCGUUAUUCUGUUGAUUCGCGAUUCUCUCUCUCUCGUUUUUUCCCUUUGUAAAUUUUGUGUAAGAGAAAACGUCUUGAUACCAUCAAUAAAAAGAAAGAAAAUAGCUAACUGAAAGCAGCUAGGAACUGAAGUAAGAAUAAAAAGGCGUUGGCUUAUUAAAUUUAAACACAAAUUAUGCUGAGCAUAAAAAAGAAAUGAAUUGUACCGACACAGCCCAGCUGGCGGCAAACUGAGCAGAAUAAAAGUUUUUGUAUUUAUUUCCUUAAAGUUGAUAGAGAAAUGCCUUUUCGAAAAAAAUACACAAUUCUCACAGGAUUUUUACCAUCUUCCCUUGUUAGCUAGAUUAGUCUGAAAACGCGUAACGAUGUCCUUUCCCCGCUGGGUUGUCGCUGGUCCCGAAACGGAAAUAUAGAGAAAGCAGUUUUGACAGAAAG